AUGAGUAUAUCUGCCAGAAAAUCGGCUAUAGCAACAUGACUUAUUCAUAUAAUAGUUCUAAGGUCUUUACUGGAGAUAUUGUUUAUUUUUCUAUAUUUUAUGAUCAAUAUGUAUGCUGCUAUAAGUUCGGUUUAUCAAAUAAAAAGUUGGGAAAAUUCGUCAAAUCUCCAAAAAAAUAGCUCAUUAGCCAAAGGUUUUACAAUAAAAAAUUUAUUAAAUUAUUAA